CCAGCCUGUCGGGUCCCUCACCACGCCCCGCUCCCCCGCGUUGUCAGAGCAGCAGACGGAGUCUGAGCGUCGCGUCGGUGGCAGGACUCCUGAAUAUAUUUCAAAACUGAACCAUUUCAACCCAACUGAAGUAUUCUGCCUUCCUAGCGGUACCAGUCUGGUUUAGGAGAGCCAAGCCGACUAUCAGCCAUCAUGGCGAACCUUGGCUACUGGCUGCUGGCCCUCUUUGUGACUACAUGUACUGAUGUUGGCCUCUGCAAAAAGCGGCCAAAGCCUGGAGGGUGGAACACUGGUGGAAGCCGGUACCCUGGGCAGGGAAGCCCUGGAGGCAACCGUUACCCACCUCAGAGUGGUGGUACCUGGGGGCAGCCCCAUGGUGGUGGCUGGGGACAACCUCAUGGUGGUGGCUGGGGACAACCUCAUGGUGGUGGUUGGGGUCAGCCCCAUGGCGGGGGCUGGAGUCAAGGAGGGGGUACCCAUAAUCAGUGGAACAAGCCCAGCAAGCCAAAAACCAACCUCAAGCAUGUGGCAGGGGCUGCUGCAGCUGGGGCAGUAGUGGGGGGCCUUGGUGGCUACAUGUUGGGGAGUGCCAUGAGCAGGCCCAUGCUCCAUUUUGGCAAUGACUGGGAGGACCGCUACUACCGAGAAAACAUGUACCGUUACCCUAACCAAGUGUACUACAGGCCGGUAGAUCAGUACAGCAACCAGAACAACUUCGUGCACGACUGUGUCAAUAUCACCAUCAAGCAGCAUACAGUCACCACCACCACCAAGGGGGAGAACUUCACGGAGACCGACGUGAAGAUGAUGGAGCGCGUGGUGGAGCAGAUGUGCGUCACCCAGUAUCAGAAGGAGUCCCAGGCCUAUUACGAUGGGAGAAGAUCUAGCGCCGUGCUUUUCUCCUCCCCUCCUGUGAUCCUCCUCAUCUCCUUCCUCAUCUUCCUGAUCGUGGGAUGAGGGAGGCCUUCCUGCUUGUUCCUUCUCAUUCUCGUGGUCUAGGCUGGGGGAGGGGUUACCCCCCUGUAGCUCUUUCAAUUGAGGUGGUGUCUCAUUCUUGCUUCUCUUUGUCCCCCAUAGGCUAAUACCCUUGGCAGUGAUGGGUCUGGGGAAAUGUACAGUAGACCAGAUGCUAUUCGCUUCAGCGUCCUUUGAUUGAGUCCAUCAUGGGCCAGGGUUAACACCAGGCCAGUAAGAAUAUAACACCAAAUAACUGCUGGCUAGUCGGGGCUUUGUUUUGGUCUACUGAGUAAAUACUGUGUAACCCCUGAAUUGUACCCAGAGGACAUGGUGACAGAGACACACAUAACUUAGUAUAGGCAAAGGGUUCUACAGCCAAAGAAGCCACUGUGUGGGCAUGGCGCCCUGGAAAACAGCCUCCCGCCUGGGAUAUCUAGAGCAUCCACAUGUGGAAUUCUUUCUUUUCUAACAUAAACCAUAGCUGAUUGAAGGCAACAGGAAAAAGAAUCAAAUUAUCCUACUGACGUUGAAAGCAAACUGUGUUCAUUCCCUAGGCGCUGGAAUGAUUUUUAGCCUUGGAUUAAACCAGGAGGUUUUGACUCUGAGGAGAACCAGCAGUACAAAAGCAUGGUCUCCUGUGAUGGGAGAGGUGGUUAAGGGACAAAGGCAAGACCCCUGCAUUUCUUCAUUUCUGUCUCAUAAUUAUCAAGAGCUAGAAUUAGGUCGUGCCCUAAGUUUCUGUACUCGUAUUUGAACUGGACAACAAAGAGACAAUCUUCAAAUUCUCUUGGGCUGCAGAGGAGAGAAAUAGGCUCCAUUCCAAAGUGGAAAGAGAAAUUCUGCUAGCAUUGUCUAAGUAAGGCUAACUUUUCCUUAAAUCGCUUUGUAUUUCCCCCAGCAGACAUCACAACCCUGUGAUCGUUUCAGCCUGCACCGCGGGUGUUCUGUGUAGAAUAUAUAAAUAUAACUUCAAGCUUAGGCCUUCUAUUUUAAAGCAUCUGAAGUGUGGAACACACUGGCCGUUCCGUGCAGUACUAAGUGUGACCCUUGGGCUUUCAAUGUGCACUCGGUUCCGUAUGAUUCCAAAGUAGAGCCCUAGCUGGUCUUCGAAUCUGCAUGUACUUCACGUUUUCUAUAUUUGUAACUUCGCAUGUAUUUGUUUUGUCAUAUAAAAAGUUUAUAAAUGUUUGCUAUCUGACUGACAUUAAAUAGAAGCUAUGAUGAGCA